UGCUGAAUUUCCCUGGACCCGCCAGCCAUGCCAGGGAUUGUCGUGUUCCGCCGGCGCUGGUCUGUGGGCAGCGAUGACCUGGUUCUGCCAGCCGUCUUCCUCUUCCUCCUUCACACCACCUGGUUUGUGAUCCUUUCGGUGGUGCUCUUUGGGCUGGUGUACAAUCCCAACGAGACGUGCUCCCUGAACCUGGUGGACCACGGCCGGGGCUACCUGGGAAUCCUGCUGAGCUGCAUGAUCGCCGAGCUGGCCAUCAUCUGGCUCAGCAUGCGCGGGAGCAUCCUGUACACGGAGCCACGGGAUUCCAUGCAGUACGUCCUCUAUGUCCGACUGGCGAUCCUGGUGAUCGAGUUCGUGUACGCCAUCGUGGGCAUCGUGUGGCUGACACAGUACUACACCUCCUGCAACGACAUCACAGCCAAGAGUGUCACCCUGGGAAUGGUGGUGUGCAACUGGGUGGUGAUCCUGAGUGUGUGCAUCACCGUGCUGUGUGUCUUCGAUCCCACGGGACGCACCUUUGUCAAGCUCCGCGCCACCAAGCGCCGGCAGCGCAACCUAAGGACCUACAACCUCAGACACCGCCUGGAAGAGGGACAAGCCAGCAGCUGGACACGCAGGCUCAAAGUGUUCCUUUGCUGCACACGGACAAAGGACUCACAGUCGGACGCCUACUCUGAGAUCGCCUACCUUUUUGCGGAAUUUUUCCGUGACCUGGACAUCGUCCCCUCUGACAUCAUCGCAGGGCUGGUUCUCCUGCGGCAGCGGCAGCGGGCCAAGCGCAGCGCCGUGCUGGAUGAGGCAAACAAUGACAUUUUAGCUUUCCUGUCUGGAAUGCCAGUGACCAGGAACACCAAAUACCUGGAUCUGAAGAAUGCGCAAGAGAUGCAGCGGUACCGGGAGGUGUGUUACUACAUGCUCUUCGCCUUGGCAGCCUAUGGAUGGCCCAUUUACCUCAUGAGGAAGCCCACAUGUGGACUCUGCCGCCUGGCCAGAUCCUGCUCAUGUUGCUGCCUGUGCCCGUCACGUCCGCGCUACGCUCCUGGCGUCACCAUCGAGGAGGACAAUUGCUGCGGCUGCAACGCCAUUGCCAUCCGGCGCCACUUCCUGGACGAGAACAUGACCUCCGUGGACAUCGUCUACACUUCCUGCCACGAUGCCGUUUAUGAAACCCCUUUCUAUGUGGCUGUGGACCAUGACAAGAAGAAGGUGGUCAUCAGCAUCCGGGGAACUCUGUCCCCAAAAGAUGCCCUGACGGAUCUAACAGGGGACGCGGAGCGCCUGCCGGUUGAGGGGCACCACGGAACGUGGUUGGGACACAAGGGAAUGGUGCUGUCUGCUGAGUACAUCAAGAAGAAGCUGGAGCAGGAGAUGGUGCUGUCCCAAGCUUUUGGACGAGAUUUGGGAAGAGGAACAAAACACUAUGGCCUGAUUGUGGUUGGGCAUUCCCUAGGAGCUGGCACAGCUGCCAUCCUGUCCUUCCUGCUGCGUCCCCAGUACCCAUCCCUGAAGUGCUUUGCCUAUUCCCCCCCAGGUGGGCUGCUCAGUGAGGAUGCCAUGGAGUAUUCCAAGGAGUUUGUGACUGCAGUAGUGCUUGGCAAAGAUCUGGUGCCCAGGAUCGGGCUCUCUCAGCUGGAGGGAUUUCGCCGGCAGCUUCUGGAUGUUCUCCAAAGAAGCACCAAACCAAAGUGGCGGAUCAUUGUGGGGGCUACCAAGUGCAUUCCCAAAUCCGAGCUCCCCGAGGAGCCAGAGGAGAACUCGGUGACGAGCAACCGGCUCUGGACACAUCCCAGUGACCUGACCAUCGCCCUGAGUGCCAGCACCCCCCUGUACCCCCCCGGCCGCAUCAUCCACGUGGUGCACAACCACCCUGCCGAGCAGUGCUGCUGCUGUGAGCAGGAGGAUCCCACCUACUUUGCCAUCUGGGGGGACAACAAGGCCUUCAACGAGGUGAUCAUCUCCCCAGCCAUGCUGCAUGAACACCUCCCCUACGUGGUCAUGGAAGGGCUCAACAAGGUCUUGGAGAACUACAACAAGGGGAAAACAGCUCUGCUUUCGGCAGCCAAAGUGAUGGUGAGUCCUACGGAAGUGGAUCUCACCCCGGAGCUGAUAUUCCAGAGCCAGCCCUUGCCCAGCUGCCCCUCCGUGCAGAUCGGAACUGGAGCCAUCCCAGCGGACAGGAGGAACAGCAGCACCAAGAGCAAAUCCCAUUCGGAAAUCAGCCUGGAGGGAUUCUACGAGACGAAGCCGCUUUCUCCCGUGCAGAAGGACCCCGUGGAGCUGCUUCUCCUGGACACUAAGGAACGUCUCUCCGUGGAGCUCCAGGACCGCCGCGCUCCUCUGGCCACCAUGGAGAGCCUCUCGGACAACGAAUCCAUCUACAGCUUUGAUUCCCGGCGCUCCUCCGGUUUCCGGAGCAUCCGGGGCUCCCCCAGCCUCCAUGCGGUCAUGGAGAAGGACGAGACGCACUGCUUUUAUAUUGACCCCGUUAUCCCUGAGGAAAACCCUUCCCUCAGCUCCCGGACAGAGCUGCUGGCUGCUGACAGCCUCUCCAAGCAUUCCCAGGAGACGCAGCCCCCAGAAAACGUCCUCAACAGCGGCGGCACCACCCCCCAGCGCCGCUGCAGCGCCGAGGGCACCGGCAGCGACGGGGAGCACGUGUCCUCAUCCCCUCGGGAAGAGCCGGCGCUCCACAAUGGCCGCCUGGCUGACGUUCCCAGUCCCCAGGUGCUGGAAUUCGCCGAGUUCAUCGACAGCCUCUUCAACCUGGACAGCAAAAGCAGCUCCUUUCAGGACAUUUACUGCAUGAUGGUGUCGGACAGCUCCAGCGACUUUGCGGAGAUUCCCAAAUCCGUCAGCGACCAGGAGAUCCUGCUGAGGGCGCAGUACGAGCCUAACUUAGUCCCAAAGCCCCCGAGGUUGUUUGCGGGCUCGACGGAUCCUUCGUCGGGAAUCUCCGUGUCGCCUUCUUUCCCCCUUAGUUCAUCCGGAGAACUCAUGGAUAUCACUCCCACGGGUGUGAGCAGCCAGGAAUGCCUGGCCACGGACAAAAUCCGGACUUCCACCCCCUCCGGACAUGUAACCAGCCCUGCCAAGCAGGACGAUCUCAUGAUUUCAGCCCUUUAGUGCAGGGGAAAAGGGGUGGAAUGAUCCCAGUGGGAUAAUCCAUGGAGGAGGCUGUCAUCGGGCAGUUGGGAUCAGAGGAGACAGCUGGAAAAAUCCUUUCUGGGGUGACACAGUGGUGGUGUCUGGAGGAUGGAUUGUGCUGGAAUCCUGUGCUUGGAGCUGGGAGAAGCUUUGCCCCACGGGGCCUGAGAGGGUCUGAGGCACUAAAGUUCCCUACCUCAGCCUGUCUCAUUCCAGAGGCAGAUUCCUUGCCCUGGGGCACCUGCUGAGUUUGGGAGUGAGAUACCUGGAUAGAUGGAAGCAGGAGGGGGCCGGGCCAGAUCCCUCCCGUCGGGACUGAGCCGGUGGUGUGGGAAAUGAGCGGAUUGAGACUUUGGGCCCUGUUGCACUACCAUGGAUCCGGCCCAAGAUCCAAUUCGGCACACUUCCAUGGGGAUUGCUUUUGUAGGACACUCCUGUUUUAAAGCCAUUGGGGCUGUAUUCCCCGCAGAUCCAGUCUCCCCUUCCCGCCAGGCACAGCAGGAAUGGGGCUGGCACCAUGGUUUCUCUCCCCUGAGCACUCCUGAGAGGGAAGGACGCUGUUCCCAAGAGCCCAAUCCCUCUGCCACAUCCCUCUUUUGGCAGAAGGUUCUCCUGGAUAUCACCCCCAUCACUCCUCAGUUCCCUGGACCCCUCCGAGCUGGCGGCAUUCCCGUGGGACUGCCAGGAUUCUCAUCUCAGAGCUGCAUGGAUAUGGAUGGAUCAACUGCAAAAUGCACCCAGCAUUAUUUUCCAGGCCCCUGUGGAGUCUGGGAGUUCCUCCUGGAUCCCUGGGGGUCCUCACACCACCCAUAUGCAGCAUCCACGGAUCAGUGCCGGCCUCUGUCCUUGGGAAUUCAGGGAAAAGAUGGACUUUUUCCCAGUGUUGCAAUCUCUUGUAUGUUUACAGAGCUGCUGAGCUGGUUGGAAGGUAUUUAUUAAGGAAAUAGGGAGGCUUUCCUGAAGGAAAACCCAUGGUCAUCCUCUCCUUCCCAUGCUGUUUCCUGUGGGGACUGAGGGAAGAGAGGAUGAGCAGGCAGAAUUCCAAGCCCCCUGCUUCCCAGGUGGCUUGGAUUCGGGGGUAACUGCCUGCCUCCUCUCCUUCCCUCUCCCCACCUGCACAAUUCCAUGUAGGAAAGCUUGAGCAAGUUGUUAGGAAAACUACCUGAGCCUCUGGGCCCAGAGGAGCCUGCUCUGCCUCUCCAGGCAGGUUUUCCAAUGAUGGGAGCAGGAGGAAAACUACCUAUCCUAGGAAAUGAAACAUUCUUGGGACCUGGAAAAGGCCUUGAAUUGCCACAACUCCCCCUCAAAGCUCAGCAGUUACUGAUGGCUCUCCCCGGAGCUCCAUCCUCCCUCCCUGGAAAAGAAAUUCCUGGUUUAACUUCCUUAGAAUCCUGUGGUUGCUCCCUUUUCCCCUCCUUAGCAGUGCUGUUUCCAUUGUGGGAGGACGCUGUGCUUUCCAGGAGCUCAGCUCCUGGCAAAUCCCAGGUUUCCUGUUGUCCAUGUGGACUCCAGAAGCCCCGGGAUGGGUCAGAGCUGCGCUUCCCGGGAGCCAGUGUGAUCCGAUGCCAUCGAGGAGCACUUUAUAGCCGGUGUGCAUUGAUGGAAAUAACCAGCGUGGGAUGCUCCAGCCCCUGCUCCUUAGCCGUUUCAGAGCCUUCAGAAGUGCUUCAAGUGGCCAGGAAAACAUUAUCCUUGUGGUUUAAGGUUCCAAAAGUGACCUUUCCCUGAGUGGAGUCAGAGGGAAUCUAGAGGAGUCCCUCUACAUUCAGAGGGAUUUGGAGAAGGAAAAAUCCUUUUAUUCUGAGCAACCAGAAGUUCUUUCUGUUUUUGUAGAUCCUUAAAAAAAAUAGCAGGGAGCAGGCACAGCACAGGGUAGGGAGGAAUUCCUGCACUCAGGAAACACUACCGAGGUGAUUUUUCAGGAAUACGCACAAAAAUCUGGGAAGAUUUGAGGGGAAAAGGGGAGCUGAGAGGCAGGGAGGCCGGGGCUAGCGGGCUAGCUCCCCUCCUGGCCCAGGAGUCGGGAUAAGGAGCUCAUUCCUGCCCUUCCUCCUGGCAGGAAUUAACCCUUAGCACUAAGGCAGAACUUGGGAUCUGCAAAGCACUUUAAAACCCUAAGGAAAGGGAUCAUCUCUGUCCCUGGGAGCGACAUGAGUACCUGGGAUUAGAUGGAACUACUGGUGGGAGGUGCCUCCAGGUGAGGAAAAGUGGGAUAUCUCCCUCCUGAAAUGUGGGAACCUGCUGAUGUUCCAUGGCUCGAAUGUUGCACUAGAAAGUCCCUUCCCUGACGUUCCUCUGCCGUGUCCUGGAAGACCCAAUCCUUGGGUGACUCCUUCCUUCUCUGUGCCAUUGGAACUGUAUCCCAUGGGAAUGGCUUACCCUUGCCCUGACAGGAAGCAGUCUGGAAUGCUGCAUUUUUUUAGCUCUGUGAUUACUGGACUUUGGAAAAGCCUGGAAAUACAUAAUUCCCGGGAGCUGGGCUUGCCACAGGUCAAGGAGUAAAGGCACAAAAGAGCCCCUCGAAGGUUUUCAUUGUAUCCCA